AUGGAAAACUCUAAUGAUCCAAGGUUUCGUUCCAUUGUUUCUACGCCUGUUAUGAAGGCUAUUCAAGAGGAAGACUCGCCAAGUGUGCCAAACAUGGAUGUGGAUCCGGUGGACUUGAACAAUGAUGUGUCGUUCGAUAAGAGCUUUGCUGAUACAACAUUUGCUAGCACUAAUACCGAAGGUAAUCGAAGUCCUCUAGCAAAACCAUUAUUCGGUUCACCAACGAAUUUAUCAAGACCAGGCUCUUCAUUUUAUGCUUCUAAGGAAAACAACAAUUCGAGUUCCAGCUUAAUAUAUAACCCAACGUUUACUUUUGGUAAUAAUGACAAUAGAAGUAGUAAAGAUAAUUUAAACCCCAAUAGCAAUAAAUCAUUUGCAGUCCCAUCACUUCCGGGAUCACCGAAGAGAGAAUCAAGAAGAGGUUCUUUGAAAUACAUCCCAAGCAUUCAGCUUGCGCCACCAACUAACAGGUCAAAAUCUCCAAGACGUUCAAAAUCUCCAAAACGUUCCAUGUCACCAGAAAGCAGGAAAAAAAGAGGAUCUAUUGUAGGAAUUCCUGGCGAUUCAGCAUCUCCAUUUAAUUUUAGUUCAUCAUCCAUGAGACCCCAGUCUAAUUCCAGUAACAGUGGUGUUAGUGGUUCCAGGACAUCUUUUCGUAAAGGCCAUCGUUACAAGCAUUCUUCCGUUUCUAUGAAUUUCUUUCAAGAAUCUGAAGUGAAAAUCCCUUUAAAUAUUGCAAAAUCGUUACCAAUUCCAGAUUGGAACGAUAUUAUUUCCAAUAUCCCAUGGUCAAAAGCAUCUUUACAAUUAAUUAUAGUGGUGACACAAAUUUUUAUUUGUCCAAUAAUUUUAGUUCUUGGACAUUUAAAGCAUUGGAACAAUUUCAUUACAUUAUCGCAUUUCAUUCUUUAUGAUAUAAUAGGUUCAGUUGCUAUUAUACUAGUAGAAAACUUAUCUCAGUUUGAAUCGUGGUCUACGGGAACCAUAACAUUUCCAUUUGGUUUGAAAAGAAUUGAUGUGUUACUAAGUUUUGCACUUGCAAUUUCUCUGUGUUUUGUUGGUUUGGAUCUAUUAUUCCAUAUACUCGAGGAGGUGAUUGUUUUAUUUGUAGAGACGUCGAGCCAUAGUCAUGAUGAAAUUUCUUCUUCAAUUCCACAUUCUCAUGGGAACGAUUUGAAACCAAUCACUCAAAAUGAUUUCAUUAUUUGGUACAUCAUUUUGAUUAUUAAUUUCAUCUUCUCUGCAUUAGCACUUUAUAAGAUUUUUUAUGCCAACACUAAUUCGAGACUGAAAACGAAAAACCCAUUGGUUACUUUAACUUAUACGUGUUAUUUGUUUACCUACCCAUUAUUAGUGACCAAUUUUGCCAGCAUUGCCGAUUAUAUAGCUACAAUUCUGCUUGCUUCAUUAAUUUUAACACAUGGAUUAACAAUUGUUCAAUGGACGUCAACAAUUCUGAUGUUAGGAUUUUCGACAUCAACUUUAUCAUUGACGUUAGUUGAUGAUGAUGAUGAUAUAAUGCCAUCAGAGGCAACAUCUAAAGUGAGUACUGACACCAACUCAGACUUACCGAUGACCAUGAAACCAAAACUAUCAAGAAAAAUUAAUAAUGCCAAAAAGCAGGAAACAAACCCAAGUUGCAUCAAGUCAACGUUAAUAGAGAAAAUUCAAAAUUUACCAGAAUUCAAAUCAAGAUGCCAUGUAGAUGAUAACAAUUUAUUAAUAUCAAAAAUUAAUUUUGAUCUGUACAUUGUAUUAAUUAAAAUCUCAAUGGAAGGUGGAUCGAACAUGGAUGAAUUAAACCUACGUCUAGCAACAGAGAAAUGUGUAAGAACAUUACUCCCAUCAUCAGAGAUCACAAUAGAUAUAGAGAUCGUCGCAUGA